AUGUUCAGCUUUGGAGCUUCAAACAACAACACCGGCGGACAAGGGGCUGGCGGAAGCCUUUUUGGUAACAAACCUGGCGGUAGUACUUCCUUUGGAUUUGGUCAAAACGCGGGCACUAGCACACAACCACAGCAGCAGAGCGGUACCGGUUUCUCUUUUGGCAGUGGAAAUCAAACAAAUACCAAUGCUGGAACGAACACAGGCCUUUUUGGGAGCUCUCAGCAAAACAAUACGGGAUCCGCCGGGUUGUUCGGGAGCCAACCGGGUACGACAACCGGUCUGUUCGGCAAUAAGCCUACAGGAACAACAGGCUUGUUUGGACAACAACAACAGCAACAACAGCAGCAGCAGCAGCCAUUGACUGGCGGACUUUUUGGCAGCAGCAAUCAGGGAGCAAGCAAUACUCAAGGCGGAUUAUUUGGUAACUCAAAUCAAACCUCUAACGCAAACCAAAUAGGCGGUGGAGGGUUAUUUGGUAGCAAUCAAAACCAGAGCUCAACAGCUGGAGGUAGUACAACUGGAGGUAAUCUCUUUGGGAAUACAAAUCAAAACCAGAACCCUGCAGGCAGCACAGGACUCUUUGGAAAUGCAAAUCAAGGUUCGGGAGGCGGGCUGUUUGGCAGCAAUAAUCAGAAUCAACCUGGCAAUACCGGAGUUGGAGGUUUUACAAGCACUGCAACAGGGGUCGCUGGAGGAGGGCUUUUUGGAAGCAAACCGACCGGGACUUCAAAUGCUAGUGGCGGUCUCUUCGGAAGUAAGCCAGCUGAGACUGCAACGGGCGGAUUGUUUGGGAAUAAAAAAGCUAAUAAUCCUGUCGCAGGAGGUGGAUUGUUUGGAAGUAAACCACAAACUGGAAGCCUUUUUGGCACAAGUACAACCAAUAAUGCGGGAUUGUUUGGUGGUUCACAAUCGCAGCAAAAUCAAACCGGCGGGACAAAUUUAUCAUCCCUGAAUAACAACAUCCAACCAUCAUUUCCCUGGUCGCAACCGCAGAAUAAUCAAUCUAACUUGCAACAACAACAGCAGCAACAGCAGCAACAACAGCAGCAACAACAACAGCAACAACAACAACAACAGCAGCAGCAACAGCAACAACAAUUGUUCACUUACCCCCAACAACUUCAGACCCAGCAGCAACUCUCAAACUACCCGCAGCAGAUUCAAGAGCAGAUCGUCAAAUGCAAGAACUCGUGGGAUCCAACUUCGAACAAAACAAAACUAAAAGCGUUUGUUUACAAUAAGAUCAAUGAAGCUGAUGCAUUGGCGCUUAAUAAACCAGCCAAUAUUCCCCAGGAAGAGUGGGAUGAGGCAAUGGAUAGGAGACCGUCUUCGAACGUAGUACCAAUGGAAGUCCUCGGAUUUGAAGGACUCAAUCAAAGAACGCAAUUACAGCGGGAGAACGUCGCACAAGCGCGUGUUAUACUGAAUCAAAUUCUAGAGAAUGCAACGCAGCUGCAACAAAAGCAUGAACUGGCCACAGCAUCCAGAAUUGUUAAAGCGAAAUCAAGGAAUACCCAGAUAGUAAGGCGAAUUCUGGAGCUGGGAACAAGAUUGGCAAUUCUUAAGAGUAGAGGUUUACCUUUGAGCGUCACUGAGGAGAAAAUGUGGUCACAGUUCCAGUCUCUGCUAGAGCGCAGUAACGAUCCCGCCGGUUUAGGUAAAACCAACGAACUAUGGGCACGUCUUGCAGUUCUCAAGGAGCGUGCUAAGAGUCUGUCCGACCAGCUGGAUAAUACUUUGGUCGUGAUCGCCGAGAAUGGAGGCGGUAUCUCGGACACACCUACCUACGGUAGAACUAAUGACAAGACAGCGGAUGAUGAAGUUGAAAAGAGAAUCGACAAGAUUGUUGAGACGUUAAGUAACCAGCAGCGCGGUAUCCACUACCUGCACGAAGUCUUAGAGAAGGAUCACAAGAUCGUCGAUAAAGUAUUAAAGAGCAGCAGCCGCGCUGCGUAG